GCGGAGGAAAAUGACGCCGAUGGUGUGACGUAACACCUAUGCGACGCCGCACAUAAUAUACACAUGCCUCCUGUGCGUUGACAUUGAGAAUCCAGGCUGUGUAUCCAAAAGCUCAGGACCAUGUUUGCAGCCGGGCACUUGAUGGCCAGGAGUAGGUCAUGCAUUCUCUGCAAAAUGAGAAGGUCCUUUGCAUCCAAAACAGAAGGCGAGGACAGGAUAACGGAAGUGCUGAAGACGAGGUUCCCUAAGGCUACUUCUGUCCGGGUAGUUGAUAUCUCAGGAGGCUGCGGUGCAAUGUAUGAAGUUCACGUUGAAUCUGAAGAAUUUAAAGCAAAACGCACAGUACAGCAGCAUCAGAUGGUGAACGAUGCCCUGCAAGAAGAGAUUAAAGUGAUGCAUGGACUGAGGAUAUUCACAUCUUGUCCAAAACAAUGAAAAAAGUAUAUAUAGUGUUUAUACACAGAAAUAUUUAUCUUUUCCUAAACUAUCUGAAUUGCCAGAAACAUGUUCCAGUGAAACCCAUCAAUACCUGGUCUUCCAAUUAAGCAGUUGUGGAAAUAACUCUACCCUGGGAAAAAGUCCACAUGUGUAUAUUUUAGUUCUCUAAAUGUUUAUUAAUAAAGAAAAUCUAUUACCCAGGAAUUAA